AAUGUGUAAAAAUAUCAUGAAUUAAAAGUAAUACAAAAAUGAUAUGAAAAAUGGUGAAGGUUUAUUCAAAUGGCCAGAUGGAUGUAGGUUUUAAAGUAAUUGGGUGGAUGGAAAAUUGUAAGGAGAAUCGAAAUUAAUAGAGAAUGGAAUCAUGACUAUAGGAGAAUGGUUAAACAAUAAAUGUGUGAAGUGGGAAUAAUUAAAUAAUUGA